GUCAUUCAACGUUAAUCUGAACCUUUUAAAAACCGUACGGUAGAGAUUUCAAGAUUCUUUUAUCUUCCUUUCAACUCUCAAAUUUCAGCUAAUUCCUCUCUCGAAACAAAACCCUAAUUGCCCGUUGGCUUAACCUCGGCAAUCCUAAUUUCGGUAUACCACUCUAAGAAUCCCCUGAUACUCACCUUGUGAUUGGAGCCAAAAAGGUUGGGCUUCAUUUUUUUUCUUCUUGUUAUAGGAUCCGUGUAAUUUCCGUCUCAAUCGGUGGGUUCGAAUUGACGGCCCGUGGGAUAAUUCGGGUUUGCUUUGGGGUUAUACGGAGAGUCGGCGUAUCUGUGGUGCUAUUAGGGCUUGUGAGAGAGCUGUAAUCGGAGAAUAUGAGCGCUCAGAAGAAGAAGAACUUUCAGAUUGAGGCGUUUAAGCACCGGGUCGUGGUGGAUCCGAAAUACCCUGAGAAGACGUGGAAGAUUCUAGAGCAUGCGAUCCACGAGAUUUACAAUCACAAUGCUAGCGGGCUCAGUUUCGAAGAACUUUAUAGGAAUGCUUACAAUAUGGUGCUGCAUAAGUUUGGAGAGAAACUCUACUCUGGACUGGUGACAACCAUGACUUCUCAUCUAAGUGAAAUAUCUAAAUCAAUUGAAGCAGCUCAGGGGGAGGUAUUCUUGGAAGAGCUGAACAGGAAAUGGGCAGAUCAUAACAAGGCAUUGCAGAUGAUCCGAGAUAUAUUGAUGUAUAUGGAUAGGACUUUCAUACCAAGCACCCACAAAACCCCGGUUCAUGAGCUUGGGUUGAAUUUAUGGAGAGACGUUGUUAUCCACUCCAGCAAAACCCAAACUAGGCUUCGGGAGACACUUCUUGAGCUUGUGUAUAGAGAAAGGAAUGGUGAAGUUAUAAAUAGAGGUUUGAUGAGGAAUGUUAUAAAGAUGCUAAUGGAUUUAGGUUGUUCUGUUUACCAAGAAGACUUUGAGCAGCAUUUUCUUGAAGUUUCAGCAGAUUUUUACCGUCUUGAAUCUCAACAAUUUAUUGAGUCAUGUGAUUGUGGGGAUUAUUUGAAGAAGGCGGAGAGACGUCUGAACGAAGAAAUGGAGAGAGUGUCCCAUUAUUUGGAUACCAGAAGUUUAGAUAAGAUAACUAAUGUCGUUGAAAAGGAGAUGAUUGAAAGUCACAUGCACAGACUAGUUCAUAUGGAGAACUCAGGCUUAGUUAAUAUGCUUGUGAAUGACAAAUAUGAGGACUUGGGGAGGAUGUAUAACUUGUUUCGCAGGGUGCCCGCUGGGCUCUCUAUUGUGCGAGAUGUCAUGACCUCAUACAUUCGGGAUACUGGUAAGCAGCUAGUGACUGAUCCAGAAAGGUUAAGGGAUCCGGUAGACUUCGUGCAACGUUUGUUGGAUUUAAAGGAUAAAUAUGACCAAAUCAUCAGUUUGGCAUUUGGCAAUGACAAGACAUUCCAGAAUGCUUUGAAUUCCUCUUUUGAGUACUUUAUCAAUUUGAACGCUCGGUCCCCAGAAUUCAUUUCUUUGUUUGUGGAUGACAAGCUUCGAAAAGGACUGAGAGGUGUCAGUGAGGAAGAUGUGGAGGUUGUGCUGGACAAGGUCAUGAUGCUUUUUCGUUACCUACAAGAGAAAGACGUGUUUGAGAAGUAUUACAAACAGCAUUUGGCCAAGAGGCUUCUUGCUGGGAAAACGGUCUCUGAUGAUGCAGAAAGAAGUUUGAUUGUUAAGCUUAAAACAGAGUGUGGCUACCAAUUUACGUCUAAACUGGAAGGUAUGUUUACUGACAUGAAGACCUCUCAGGAUACAAUGCAGGGCUUCUACGCAAGCCAUGGUGCUGAGUUAGGGGACAACCCAACUUUAGCUGUCCAGGUGCUCACUACAGGUUCGUGGCCAACUCAACCAAGUGCUACAUGCAACCUUCCAGCAGAAAUCUUGGUGGUAUGUGAGAAGUUCAGGAGUUAUUAUCUUGGGACCCAUACUGGGCGAAGGCUGUCCUGGCAAACAAACAUGGGCACUGCUGAUUUGAAAGCAACCUUUGGGAAGGGCCAGAAGCAUGAGCUGAAUGUUUCUACCUACCAGAUGUGUGUACUGAUGCUUUUCAACAAUGCCGAUCGGUUGAGUUAUAAAGAGAUUGAGCAAGCCACAGAGAUACCUGCCUCAGACUUGAAGAGAUGCCUACAGUCUCUGGCCUGUGUGAAGGGGAAGAAUGUUUUGCGAAAGGAGCCUAUGAGCAAGGACAUAGCUGAGGAUGAUGACUUCUUCUUCAAUGACAAGUUCACGAGCAAGCUCUAUAAGGUAAAAAUAGGUACCGUGGUUGCACAGAGGGAGUCUGAACCCGAAAAUCAGGAAACCCGACAAAGAGUGGAGGAGGACAGGAAGCCUCAGAUCGAGGCAGCAAUUGUGAGGAUCAUGAAGUCGCGGAGGACUUUAGAUCAUAAUAACAUUGUUGCUGAGGUGACAAAACAAUUGCAGGCUCGGUUCAUGCCAAACCCUGUUGUCAUAAAGAAACGAAUUGAAUCCCUCAUUGAGCGGGAGUUUUUGGAGAGGGAUAAAAAUGAUAGGAAAAUGUAUCGGUAUCUUGCUUGAAGAAACAAACAUAAAAACUUAUCAAAUAUUGUCCAAGGUAUUUGCUUGGCAUGGCACGUAUGAUUAUAUCCUCCAUUUGUUGAA